AUGGCUUAACCCAAUGAAGAUCAACCUUCUUUAGCAGAGUUGCAAUCAACCCAACCUCAAAGACUGAUUCGACUCUUUUUUAAAUACAUCUUGUCCGAUAUUGCCAAGAGGCCACGUUCUUUUAAGAUUGGAUUACUCUCAACUUAUAUUGUUAUUGCAUUUCUGGGAUUACUGUAAUGUUUAAAAAGUCUAAGUCCUUUUUUAUUUCUUCAAUUGGCUGAAACCUCUGUUGGGGACACAGAUCUACAAUUUUUACCCAAAACUCUGGCUAGCAAAAAUGAUUUCAGGCUCAUCAACAUAACAGAGUUACGCCAAUACACUUCUUAAAUCGACGAAUUUCUAGAUGUUUCUCCGAGAUGGCUGUUUAUGUGCGAUAUCUACAAUCCCAAAGCAUCCCUUAAUUUGACUUCUUUUUUUAUGAUUCUAGAUUCACAACUUGAAAAUAGCAUAGGCCUUGGUCGAAGAUUAGAUACUGACAUCAUCACUUCUAAUUAAAUUUAUAUAUCCAACACACUCUAAAAGGGACUGGGAGUUCAAAUUGGAGACACUAUUCAAAUCAAAUUUAGUGUCCUUCAAUUUCUUAAACACUUUGGAUUCAACAACACAGAAGGUGAAUCUAAGAAUCAUCUAAGAGAAUCUUUCAAAAGGUUUUUAAAUGACCUAUUGCAAAUUUCUGAUGAUGAUAUAUUACAUAGGAAAUUUGAUGUUGCAACUAUGUUGAAAUAUGUAGAAGAAUAUAAAUAUUUUGUUAAUGAUUUAGAAGCAUCUGAAUGGAAGAAAAAUCAGACUAAAAAAAGUUUAAUUUAAUCAAUUUAUAGUUAAAACAUAACAACUCCUUAGAAGAAAUUGGCAAAACAAAUGGUCGACUACAUAUUUACUAGAAAUUUGACUAAGGAUGCCAGAAGCAUGUAUCGAUUUGUUUUUCGACUUUCAAAGUUUACUAAGGAAAUCACCAUUUCAUAGAUAGAAGAUGGUUUCUUUGAUAUAGCAAUUGAAAUAGCAGAAUUUGAAUUAAAUUUUUCAGUUUAUCAAAGUGUCGAAUCCCCAAAAGGAAAAUGGACAGAAGCUCUAGGAAUGAUGGUAUUCAUGGAUUAUAAAGAUGCAACCAGUUUAUUUUUAGAUGCCAUCCUCGAUAGAUUUGAUGCUGUGAUUAAAUAAAAGAGAAAGUAUGACUAAGGUAUGGCAGGAGCGGUAUCAUAAUUAAUUCCUGUUAAAGAGACUAGAAAUUCAGUGAGGGACAAGCUAAAACAUUUUUAACUCUAGGAGUAUUCUCUGAUGGCCAAUGUGGUAUUCUAGAAUAAAUAUCCAAAAUAUGAGACUCCAGAAAAUGCAAAAGCUGCAGUCAUUUCAUCAACAAAUCAAUUUUACUCAAUUGCUGGGUAUGAUUAUCCUGUUUAAAUUAUGGCACCAUUAGGUUUUAUCGUUGAACUAUACCAUUUAAUAAAACACUUCAUUGAUACUCUGAUAUAGGUGGCAACUAUAAUUUUAUUAAUGCUAUCUAUUUUAUUGAUUUAUUCAUUGAUGAUAGGUGAUGUAGAUGAGAAGACUUAUGAAUUUGGUAUGUUGAGAGCCUUAGGGUUCAGAAAAUCAUGGUUAAUUGUAUUAUUACUAUUCUAAGCAUUGACAUUUGCAAUACCAGGCUUAUUAUUAGCCUUAAUUACUUGUUACUUAUUAAAUGCGUUAGUUUCAAUGUAUAUAUUUGAUAUGUCUCUUUUGAUUUCCUCAUAUAGUAUUCCUCUCUAUGCAUUGAUUGUUCAAAUAAGCAUAGGAAUCUGUAUGCCUAUUGUUAGCAAUAUCCUACCAAUUAAACAGGCUUUAUCGACAACUCUUAGAGAUUCUUUAAAUUUAUUACAUAAGGUUGUCAGCAACAUUGUUGUAACUGUUAUGAGACUUGAAAAGAUAGGGAUAAGUUUAAAUUAAACAAUUUAUUCAAUAAUGUUAAUAUCUAUAGGAUUUAUAAGUUAUUACGUUAUUCCUAUGAAUAUUAUAUAUUAAAAUGUUGGACUUGCUAUUUUUGUAUUAAAUAUUGUAUUUGUAACGAUGUUAAUAGGUGUAACAAUGAUAAUCAAUUUAGUUCAAAAAAUAGUUGAAAAAUAUCUUCUCUAUUUGAUAUUAUGUCUGAAAUCAUCCGAUUAAAAUUUGAAACCCGUAAUCUUAAAUAAUUUAAAAAGUCAUGAGAAUAGAAAUGCGAAAACAACCCUUAUGUACUCGCUUGGUUUGUCUUUGAUUAUAUUCACAGGAUCUUCAUUUGCAAUUAUGAGCUAGAUGAUGUAAAAUUACAUCAAAGUCAGCACAGCUGCAGAUAUUCGUAUUUUUGAUGCCUCCAAAAAGUUUGGCUUAGAUGAGUAUGGAUUAAGGCAACAUCUUGAAUGGGAAUAAAAGAAUGACUCUACUUUGAUCAAAGAUUAUACAUUUAGUGCUUUACCUUUGAAUGAAUAUCCUGGUAUCUAAAAUCACUUUUCAAUCUCUCCAUUAUCUCGUUUUCCGAGAAACCUUAUCAUAUUGCAACCAGUCGAGAAAAACCUACUGAAUUCAAUCACAUUAGAAUAUUAUCAACCAACUGAAUAUGAUACUGAAUCAAGUGACGUUAAAUAUUUGGACAAUGGUGUAAGAGAUGGAAUAUAUGAUUUAUAUAAUAGGGACUCUAAUUAUGAUAUGAAAUAACAGAAAGAUAUCUCUGGAAUAAUUUCCAAUUCCAAAUAUUAUUAAAUAUUUGAACCAAAAUAAAAAACCAUAAAAAUAGAUAGGGAAAUAAAUAUAAUAAUUCCAGAAGGGUAUAGGAAUGCAGGUAGUAUAAGUGUUAAUACACCUGCAUUACUUACGAUUAAAAAUAAGGAGUACAUGAUAGAGAAGAGAUUGAAAAUUAGGCAUAUGGCAACUAAGAUACCAAAUUUUGAUUUUAGUGCUUAUACUACAGUUGUAUUUUUUGGACAAGGAUUGAUUACUAUGUAGGAUGCAGAAUUAUUAUUAAAAGAGAUUCUGAACAAUAGAGCGGUAAGAAAGAGUAGAAAAUAUAGGAAACUUAAGGAAUUUAUAGAGCAAUUACCAAAGAAUUUGAGUUUUGGCUUGCCUAAAGAUUAGUUGUUUAUAAAGUUUAACAGGGAUACAACUAGGGAAGAAAGAUUGGAUUUUAGUAAUCGAAUGAGAAAUUAUUUCAAAAAUGAUUAAAUUUAUUUGAUAGAUUCUCAAGAGCUUAUGAGAACUUUUGAUGAAGUGUUCACAUAUUUUGAGAUAUUUAAUGCCGUGGUUGCAGCCAUUGCUUUGAUUUUAUCCUUUUUCUUACUUUUAAUAUCAUUUAUUAGUAAUGUAAGAAAUAAUUGCUGGGAAAUUGGUAUCCUAAGAGCAAUAGGUUUACAAGAAGUAUAAAUUCAAAAGGUGUUUAUCUAUGAAUCUAUAUCUUUAAUAGUAUCUUCAGGUUUAAUAGGUUCUUUAGUUGGAUUCAUAACAGCGUCUACUUUUGCAAUGUAAAUAGCCACAUUUUCGGAAAGUUAGUUCAGAUUAGCAUUUCCUUUGUAUACUUUUCUUUUUACUUUCCUUGGUGGAAUUUUGAUUGCUGUGGCUUCGAGUUAUUUGGCUGUUAGACAAUUAAAGAAUAAAGAAAUUGCCUUCAUCUUAAAAAAUUAGAUUUGA